CCCUUACUGCUGUUGUCCGUUCAUGUCACGGAGACCUUAGCCCGGUGCACUUAAUCGAACUCCCUCAAGAUUGACGGGCACUAUCUCUGCAAAGUUUGUGUGACAACCUCGAUGGUUUAUUCCGACAAUUGUCAAGAAUUGUGAUUACGCCAGACAGGUUACACAAAAUAGCUAGGGCCAUGCCUUUAUUUCAUCCAACACUUCUGUUGGUUCUGGUAAGCUUCCAAGCCUGCUCUACACACAGCCAGGAGGCUGCCUCCAACAUGGCCCCACCAGAGGCCAUUGAGUAUAACAGAACCGUCUAUGCAGUCUGCAAAAUGAGACCCAGCACCAAGCUAGGCCAAGGUCUAACUAAGGUGUACGGACAGGUGCUGUUCAAGCAGGAAUACCCUGAGGGGACCCUCAAAGUCCUCUUUCUUCUCCAUGGUUUCCCCAGUCAGAGUGAUCAUCAGCCAAAAGCUGUCCACAUCCACCAGUACGGGGAUUUCAGCGAGGGCUGCGAUUCCACAGGCGGUCAUUACAACCCUUACAGGGUCCCCCAUCCCCGCCACCCAGGAGACUUUGGGAACUUUGUGGUCCACCAGGGGAGGGUUCACAAGUUGACUGAAUCGGAGGCCACUCUGUUCGGGGGGCCGUCGGUGCUGGGGCGGGCGGUGGUGGUCCAUGAGAAGGCAGACGACCUAGGCCAGGGUGGUGAUGCAGGGAGCCUGCUACAUGGUAAUGCUGGGCGGAGGCUGGCGUGCUGCGCCAUCGGGAUGAGCAGUCCCAAACUGUGGGAUAAGCACCAUCAUCGACAGCAGAGAAGAAGGGGAUGAGAAUCGUAGUUUAUUCUUCUCUUUUCUUUUUUCUGAGCUCACCACCUUUCAUCAGAGGACAACUUAAUUUCAAAGCUUUAUUUUUUCCAGUUCUAAAUUACAAAAAGGUUUCCUUCUCCUUUAAAGUCAUGUUUAUCUUUUAUUUUAAGGGAUAGGACCGGUUUACCAUAGCUGAUAGCAAUUAAUGUAUCUUGUAUUAAAAAUAACUUUUAAAGACCUUUA